AUGGUUCCAACCCUCAUAACCGCCUCUUACGUGAUGGUCGACCCUCACCCUCACGCUCAGCUACCAGUACCUCGACUCGAUGGUCUUGUCGGUCUAAGGUGCCCCGUGUGCUUCACCCCGUUGGUUUACAAGCGUGCCAAUAAGGAUUCGUGGCUGAUCGGAAUAGUUCUCACAUUCCGCCUGGACACUGAUAUGAUCUUCCUCAACGACCAGUGCCCAACACCGUCAAACUCGCACAACUGGAAAACUUGGAGAUGUGACCAACUGAACCACGAGAUCGCCUUGAUCAACCUUGGCGCGCCUAGGCCUAUCAUCUCGAACAUGACCGAAUGGGGUCCCCGGGUGUCACCUGCAAAAGGAUGUUGGAAGGCGCCAAGUCUCAAAAUCACAAAAAUGCCGCCAACAAAGAUUGUUUCUCACAAUUCUGUCGGGGUCACCCAGGCCCCCAAUGCGAUCUUGUCCAAGGGCCCUGCUUCCCAAGCGCGUCCACAUCAGUGGGCGCAAUCAUCAAAUUCCCUUGGUCGUCGGCUUGACGUGAAUACUCAUGCGAUGCUCCAGCAAAAUCGCGCCCAGCGGGACCAAGCUGCGACUCGGCAUUCCAUCAAUCUCAUCGAUGAGAGAAAGAUGGUAACUCUCUACUUAUGGGUCGAUGAAACCGAAGCGCGCCCAAUCACUGCACUGUUCCCUCAGUGGCCCACAGCUUGCCUGGACCAAAGUCCACUUUUGGUCCAGGCCGUAGUGAAAGUAGUUGGCCCCCAGUGGAAUCAAGCGCUCACCGUUUGGGACACAGAGCUAUAUGCUUGGGUGAGUCCGGUUUAUGCGAUCCCGCCUCAUGUUACAAUCCAAGCUGAUUCUGUUCACCGCGCAGCGGGAAACCCUUGUAACAUAUCCUCAUCGUUACCAGAGCCAUCUUCGCAGCUUGGUGUACCUCUCUCAGCAAUACCCGAGGCCUUGCGCCCCCCUCCCCAUGGCACAACUACCACACCACUGCCGCCUGAUGCUUUCCGAUCAACCGCCGAACUGCCUCCAAUUUGCGAUAUGCCUUCUUCCCCAUUCAGCGCUAACCAAGCUGAAACUAAUGGUUCUUUGCCUUCGGAAGAUCACUUACUUCCAAACUCCUCACCUGAUAUGAAAAUCCAAAGUCAGACCGGCAGUGAGCUGCAAGCACCCGAUGAUAAGAGCGACCGUUCGAGCGAAUCCUCACCGAAAAGGCCAACUGCAAUGACUGUAAUUGAUAUUUCACAGUCACCGGACCUUCCUUCAAAUAAAGACAGUGAUGUUGAAGACUCAGCCACCCCCAGUGUCUCCCUGAAAAAACGUUGGCCAGGAUCCAAGCUCCCGGUGUCCAUCCUGCUUGCGUGGUACAAGGAGACCGCCCCAGGUAAUGUCCAGCAAAAAUGGUCAGAACGAUUUGGUCGGCAAUGGCGGUUGUGCCUUUCAACCGUUUACCGAUAUCAUCUUUGGAUCGCGGAGGUGGACCACGAAGUUAUGGAGACACAGUUCCGAUCUCAACCAAAAGCGACUAUAGGAGACGCUCGUAACCUUUACCAACAAGAAUUCAAAAGAGUUGCAAGGCUCAGCAAGCAAGCGUCAUAA